UGAAACUCAUCCGAAGAGUCCAACGGGCCUGGCGGCACCGCAGCUGCUUCUAGCGCAUCAGGGCGUUUACAGAAGAACUUCAUCCACUUCAAUUUGUCGCAGAAAACACUCAAAUCGGAUCUAUUUUUACUAUUUGAUGUUCCCAGUAGGUAACAUCAAAUAUAUUAUUAUUUAUUCCUUUUAAUAUAUUUUAACGGCAGCCAUGACUUCGAGCAGCGAGCCUGUGGAAAUAACUGGCAAUGAGCUGGUUCACGUACUGCGGACCCCCCGGGACCAGUUCAUGGUUCUGGACUGCAGACCCUUCCUCGACUUCUCUUUGGCGCACAUUUGCGAGUCUCGGAACGUCAACUGGAACUCCAUGCUGCGCCGCCGGUCCAAGAGCUCGGUGGUGGCUCUGGAGUGGCUCAUCCCGGACAAGGCGCUCCUGGGCCGGCUGCGGCGCGGGGACUUCGCCCUCGUGGUGGUGGUGGACGAGAGGAGCGCGUCGGCGGCGGAGCUCAAGUCGGAAAGCGUGGCCCAGAUGCUGCUCACGGCUCUGCUCAACGAGGUCCAGACGCACAUCUGCUUCCUGCGAGGUGGAUUUGAGGGCUUUUCGGAGACCCACCCAGAGCUCUGCUACACCUCUGCCAGCAGCCGCCUGUCUACGGUGGAGCCAGAACAAACAGCGAUGGGUCGAACAACACCCACAUACGAUCGGGACGGUCCGGUGGAGCUGCUCCCCUUCCUGUUCCUGGGCAGCGCCCUUCACUCGGGCCGCAGGGAGAGCCUGGCGGCGGCGGGCAUCACGGCCGUGCUCAACGUCUCCUCCACCUGUCCCAACGUGUACGAGGGCGAGCUGCAGUACCUGCGGCUCACGGUGGAGGACAGCCUGGGGGCCGACAUCCGGGCCUGCUUCCCCGCGGCCAUCGCCUUCAUCAACUCGGUGCAGCAGAGCGGCGGGCGCGUGCUGGUGCACUGCCAGGCGGGCAUCUCGCGCUCGGCCACCAUCUGCCUGGCCUACCUCAUGCACGCGCGGCGCCUCCGGCUGGACGAGGCCUUCAGCUUCGUCAAGCAGAGGCGCCACGUCAUCUCGCCCAACCUGGCCUUCAUGGGGCAGCUGCUGCAGUACGAGGUGGACAUCCUGUGCCAGGGCUGACGGACGGACGGACGGAGCGGGACGCGCUGAGACGGCCGGCGGAGCCGACGUCGGGGGAUGGGCUGGGUUUCGCGGGCUUCGCGCCCUGAGGUGGACCUGGUUCCCUACGCAUCAACCAGCGGCUGCUGAUGGGAACCCUCCUGAUACGUUUCAUGUUGUGACUCUGAGGUUCUGGACGGGGAGCGGCGCCGGGCCGUCUGGCACGGCCUCCGCCGGCGCCUCGCGCUGAUGUGCCUGAUCGACAGUAAGGGCUCCGUUCGAGUCCUUCAUUCACUGUGACGCGACACGUCUCGUUAUGAGACAACACUGUGCUAACGACUGGAAGCUACAGUCAGUGUGUAGCAAUAAGGUGAAUCAUUCUGUACCCUGAGAUCAACGACCUGCAGUGCACUCAAACUGAAAGUAGUGGUUUUAUCAUGUAAAUAUAGUUAUUUAUUAUAUCAGUGUUGUUAUUAUUGGCGUUUGCACUUUACACCAGUGAGUUUGUCUGAUUCCUGCUGUUUUCCACUGAAAUAAACACGUGCUGGACAACGAG